AUGAAUAAAGAACUGUUAAUAGAUGCUGGUCUACGAUUAUCUCGUUUACGGAUGUAUCCAUAUUUUGAUAUAUGCCAUUAUUUAAUAACAUCAACAAUGGUUAGAGAUGAUAUUUUAUUACAUCAAACAACUACUCCAAAUUUUUCUCGUCGUCAUCCUUUAUCUUGUUGGCUAUCAUCUAUGCUAUUAUGUUUUGCUGGUUCUAUAAUGUCAAAUUUUUUACUUGGUGAAUCUCCCAUUAAAGAUUUUCAACAACAUCAACAUUUAUUAUUAGCUUCAAUAUGUUGGUAUCUGGUAUUUUAUUCUCCGUUUGAUCUGAUAUAUAAAUUAUUAAAAUUUAUGCCAAUUAAAUUAUUUGUAGGAAUUAUGAAAGAAAUUCAACGAACAAAAAAAAUCUAUGAUGGUGUACACCACACGAUGCACAUUUAUCCAGAUGCAUACAUCAUUAUUGUUAUUAUUGGAACAGUUAAAGGUUGUGCUGGUUCAGUAAUGGCAUCAGUAGAUCGUUUUGUUCGAGGUGUUUGGCUACCAAAUCAACAUGAAUUUUUAUAUCCAACUUUUGCAACAAAAGCAUGCAUGAUAUCAGCGAUUAUAUUUACAAUGGAACAUUAUUCAUUAAUUAAAUUUGAUCGUGAAUUAAUUUAUUUAUGCGUUGCUAGUGCAUUUAUUUAUGUUAAAAUUAUUUCUGUUUUCUUCAAACAAUAUGAUCCAUUGAUGCCAUUUGAAAAUCUAUCUUGUGGAUUAUUAUUCAAUAGUUGGGUCGAUGCUGUGUCUGAUGCAUUUCAUCGUACACAAGCUGCAACAACAUCAGGUGCCUCAUCUUUAGCUUCGUCAACAAGUUUAACUCCAAUAGCUGGUUCCUCUUCCUCAUCAUCAACAGCUAUUGUUAGUAAGAAAGAUGGAAUGAAUGGAAGUAUAAUGGGAGAUGGUGUACAACAAGCGAAAGGAUUAGAUUUAAAGAAACGAGAAUAG